UUCUUUUUUCUUCUUUAUGUGGAAUACAUUGGUCCCAAGAUGACUAAUGUAAUAAUGCAAAAGGUGUGAAUUGUGAUUCAGAAGCACACCCGAAUCAAACAUUAUACCUUUUCUCUAUUGCACUUCACUCCCCAAAAGUGUUGAUUGAAUUUGAACCUUAAAAACAUUCGGAUCCACAGUGAGUGGUGCCAUGGAACAAGUCCUGAACAAGUUACAAGGUAUCUAUCUAAGGAAAAUGCAAAUAAAGAUUAUUACAGAUCGAAUUUUCGACACGGUAAAGAAUGAUAGAGGAAGAGCUAAUUUGAAAUUUGAAGAUCUGUAUAUUGCUGUUUUACUUGUGUACAAUGAUAUCAAUAAGUUUUUGCCUGUUACACAUAUUGAUCCUCCAUCCAAAGCCAAAGUCAGAGAAAUCAUGAAGGAAUGUGACAUCAACUUUGAUGGAGAAAUCGAUCGAAACGAAUUUUAUGACUUCAUCAAGCAGAUCACAUCAGAUACAGUCACGAUCGUUAGUAAACGACUCAUCCUCACCUUCGCCAUAGCACCAACGGUCGCCAUGCUAACAAAGAAAAUCACAGAAGGGAUCCCACAUGUUGGGAAUAUGGUUAGAUGGUUACCCAAUUCAGUUUAUGCUUCAACUGUGACACUUGCAGUUUGGUGGCACCAAAAACAAAAACUCAGUUGAAACUCUCAGCACAAAUCAUUGUUCCUCAUUUCAUUUUAUGUAGAAUGAUGUUAUUUUCAUGAUUGUAUAUGUUUGGAUUACAUGAUGUUUGCAUUUCAUGAAAUAACACUUGAUGAGAA